CAGACAUAUCCCAAGCUCUUGGCUGGAAAACUACAAGCAUUUUUUUUCACUCACGUUCAGGUGCUGCCGAGUCGCCGUUUGUUUCUACUUUUGCUUUCCAUACCCCGUAAUCUAGGGACCCCUCCUCUGCGUCCACUCUUUCCUUCGCGUGUUUUUUCAAGUGGCGCAAGCUAUAUCCAUGUCGUUUUGUUUAAGACGGUUGCCGCGCUCCGGCACUGAAACUUCUCCUUUUCUCGACUCGUUGACCUUCACCAUUGUCUACUAGACUCCCUUCUGAUGGCAACCGAGUUCGUCGUUCCCCCCAGCAUGCUGGCGGUACCCAACGCAGGAAAUGUGCAGACCGGCACCGUCGGCAACAUCGUGCCUCCCAGCGCAGGCACGAGAGUUGUGGAUGUCCCGUUCGUCCACUACAGGCAGACCAUGUGCGUGAAAGAAGUUAAGGUGCCAGUCGAAGUCACCAAGGUUGCUGUGAAGAAGGUCGAAGUCGAGGGCGUCCAUGAAGUUCCCAUCAUCAAGCCGCGUGAAGUCAACGUCAUCCAGGCUGUCCGCCGCAACGUGCCAGCACCGGUCGAUGUGUACACUAUCCAGAAGUACUCGAUGCCCCGGAUUCAGCCCAAGUACUACGACGUCGAGGUGCCGAUUUAUGUGCCCCGAUACGUCGAGGUUCCCGUCCCUUCGCACUUUGUGACUCUGCAGAAGGAGGAGAUCCCGGCCGUUGUGCCGGUCGGUCCGCCGCUUCAGGGUCUGAACAGCGCUCCCGUUCUGAAGCCCGAACAGGCGUACAGUUUGGCGCCUGCAGCGGACGCGAGCGACGAGGCUGCGGGUCCGGUGGCCCCCGGCAUCGUGGAGGAGUUGCCCCUGCACCGCCAGGGUUCGGGCUGCUCUGCGUUGGGCUACACCCGGACCAUGCAGAACGAGACUUUGACUGCUGAAGUCAUCGUCCAGCCGAGUGGUGUGUCCUACGAGACCGCCGAAGUUGCUCGCCACGCCGAGAAAGAGGCGGCAGUGGGCUCUCUCGCCUCUUCACCGCGGGUUUUCUCUCGCGUGAGCGAGGCCGAAAACGACAACGCGUCGGAGCGUGCCGAGUCCGUCGACUCCAUGCCCCAGUAAGCUGUCUGGAACCGCUUUUCCGUAGAGGGGAAGUGUGGACCAGGAAGCGGAGCCGCAGAGACACACAGCCUGUCAGUUCAGCCGGAACGAGUAGGCCGUGAACACGCUGUAGUACGUGAGAAAUACUGCUGUGUGGUGUGAGUCGGAGUCCGCCAUCCCACGCUGCGGAUGUUUUAGCUCGAUGUGUGCAGCGGUGUUGCUUGAAACCGCAUGCAGCUGCGCUCCCUGUGUGAGAGUCUGGGGUAGGUAUAAAACGUCCGGGAGACGUCGGAGUGUAAUGUGAUUGGGGGCCUUGUGACUGACAAAGGGUUUCUCUGUUCCGUGAAAUAGGGAAGAAUCCCUUCGAAGACGGCAUGACACGGUCUUUUCUUUUAUCUGAGAGGGAUGCACAGAAGGAGGCACAAGUGACUGCGAGGUGUCGAGCUGUUGUGAUCACUGCGGAGCUCGGCUGCAGCCGAGUGAGACUGCAGAUGAACCAUCUUUCGCUGAGACGCGCCCCUUAGUUGCGGAACUUGUGCAGUGAAAUGGACGUCUAAAGCUGAACUUUGCACCGCCCUAGUAAAAAGUCGAACUGACAUCGUCGAGACGGGGCUGUGCCUGUUUUCGGGGACUACUUCCUCUGUAAUCCACGGGAAAGAGGGGUUGCCUCUCGGUGAGCGACCCCCAAAACUCCUGUUCGGAAGCGUUACCGCGGAAAGGUGUGCGGAACUAGAUAGACUGAUUCGGAAGGUGCUUUAGCCCA